AUGGCCGACUCAGAAAAUGAUAAGAAACCACAAACCCAAACCUCCUCUCCCAAGCAGGACGCGCUUGCAGAACUCGGCGUCGAAGAAGACGGGUUUUUGAUUGCCCUUACCCGUCUACUGCAGGCUGUUCGGUCAAGCAAGCUCAAAAAGCCCAGGGAGGACGGUACAGAGCCCGACGCUCAUCUUAUUGAGGUUGCGGGGACGAUUCGCGGCCAUCUGGAGACUUCGUUGGCGGCCCUCGCGUACCAAUGGAUAAUCACAGGCACUGCAACGGGUCUUGACCGAGAGGCCACUAAGCGCAAAGAGGCGCAAGAGGCCGACGUCAAGAAAAGCUUGGAGAAGGCUUAUGCUACUGCAACUGAAAAUCACUGCAGUGAACCACAAUUGUCAACGGACUCAGAGUCCGCGCCCGCGCCCGCUGGCAUGCCGAAAGACCAAAUCAGAAACGCUCUGAUGAGCGUCGAGUUACAGGCCAAGGUCGUGAUAGGCCUUGCGGAGCGUUUGCAGCUACUCGUCGGAGGCAAACUCAAGGAGCGCAUUGUCAUCCGCGUCGCAGACAAGCUUUUGCGGCAUCUUGUUCCUCUUUUGGCGGAGUUUAGGCCAGCCCCGGCCAAAAUGGCCGCCACAUCAGCCCGCCCCAUCCGCCCUCUGCCCUCUCGACCUACUACUAAGGCCGUUGCUACAACAUCGGGGCCCGCGCUCCUCCGGGGACCGGGUUUGAUGGCCCCGCCUCCCGUUCCCGUCCAUUUCCAUCCCAACAUCGUCAAGUUGACUGAAACUUUUCCACCAAGUCCGACUGGCUGGGUCAUCAACGUGCCUCGAGAAAUCGGACACGAGACUGGGCUCAGAAUCACAUUCGAUUUCGAACUGCCAACCUAUGCCAAGGCAGCGAGUCGUGGUCUGCUCGCCCGCGCGCUGGCUCCCUGGACUGUCGACGUUGGCACUGCUCGACGCCGAGCUGCCAAGAAACCCAAAGUUCAGCCAUUCCACGCGCCGGAAUGGGACUCUUCUGAGUCGAAACCCGAAGAGAUCUCGCGCGAGAUCGUGUUACCUGAAAAACUUGAGAGUGCUGAGUUGAGCCUGCUGAAUCCGACUCCGCUAUCAGCGUCAGCAUUAUCGCCGAUAGACAGAGUGAACACUGAACUUCCAAUUCCCAUGGAAAACUCGACGCUAGAUGCUGACCAGAGCGUGCUUUCUGGAGUAAAGCGGAAACGGGACGAGAAUAGUAUCGACGGAAACCCGCGUCCACUCAAGCUAUGUGUCCAGACGUAG